AUGAUUACUCCCAAGUUUCGAAUUACCCAGGAUGAUGAUUUCGUCCAUAUAAAAGUCAAUGUCUCCAGUUUACGGUUCAAUGCAGCUGGACUUGAAAUGGUAGUAGAGGAAAACGUAUUUGUAUUCCACCUGUCACCCUACUACUUGAGAUUGAGGUUUCCGCAUAACUUGGUUGAUGAUGAGAAUUCAACUGCCAGAUACGAAUCCAAGGAUGAAUCCAUUGAUAUCAAGCUGCCAAAAGAGGUGAAGGGACAAUUCUUUGAAGAUCUAGACGUCCCCACGAAACUGCUGGCUAGACAGGGGGAUAUCCUGGGUGCAUCUAAUGUAGAAUCCGCUAGUGAAGCCCCACAAAAGGGACCCUUAAUUCAAGAGGUUGGUGGUGAUGACAACAACAGUGGUGACCAUAGAAUUGAAUCUUUGGAAGAACAAGGCGAAGCUUUCAAUUGGGAAAUUGAGCAGAAACCUGCCGAGACUACAGACGGGAUUCUCAAGACCAAAUAUGGAUUUGACAAUUUUUAUGAUACGAUUAUAUCUGUUUCAUUAGCUAAUGGCAACGAUAUAAACGAAUUGGAUGAUCCUGAACACACUGGUUCCAAUGAUCGUGUUAAGGAAAGACUUGAAAAAGAAAAAUUGAAAUUCGAUGCAGAAUAUUAUGUUUCAGAAUACAUGGUAUAUAAAUAUGGAUCUCCUGAAGAGCUAGAAAUAAAUGGUAUAAAAGAGGUGCUCCAAAAUACACCACCUGUGGUCAAACAGUAUUUGAAAUGGUACAAAUCCACUGAGGAAAAGAAUUCGACCAUGCCAAUAGAGUUUUCAGAUAAAGAGCAAACCCAAAUGCAAAACAAUAUUCCUCGAAAGGAGUAUCUAAUUCAAGAUUCUAAAACACCUUACGUAACCGUGUUAAACAUUUUAUUCGGUUACAUCUUUGAACAAAUUGAAAAUGAUGGUAUCCAUAAUACUGAAAGUGCAUGGACUAUUGGUAGAUUAGUCCCACAAAUAUCAUUUUUGGACCAACAGCUACUGUUGGAAGAAGACCUAGGUACCGUGUCUAUCAUUAAAGCCGCGGUCAUAACUGGUACCAGGCGAUCUCUAUGCUAUCCACUCCACAGAAAUUUUGAAUUAAUACUCAGAGCUUGGAAUUUUGUCUAUUACCUACUACGUGGUGGGCAUAGGUUAAUAGCUCGUUGCAUACUAGACGUUCACGAAGUAUUCAGAUUCCAUGACGUCUACUACGUUUAUAACAAAAUUCUGUUGGAUGAUCUAUGUUCAUGGUUCCUUUCAAAAGGCAACGAGAAUGUGAUUAGAAGUUUAGCAGUUGAAUUAAAAAAGGAAAUCGAUGCGAUUUCUAAGGAUCAGAUAGAAUUCGAUUGUUUAGCAGGAAUUGACGAAACUACUGGCGAACCCACAUGGGAAAAUUUGACUUUGAAAGAAAUGGAGCUAAUAGCAGAACAACAAUACAGAGAAAGUCAAUAA